UUUAAACUCAAUAGAAUGGAUAUGACAGAUUCACACUCCACACCAGCUGGUGGCGGUAAUGCACCAACAAAACCAAGAAGAAGAAGGGCCCAUCAGUCACGUGACAAGAUCACGAGGAAUACGGAAGUGAAGAAGAAGAAGAUGACCACCGCCGCCCUGACAGCAGGUCUGGAGAGAAUCCCGGAUCAGCUGGGUUACCUGGUGAUCAGCGAGGACGGAGUACUGGCUUCUGCAGGUGAGCUGGAGAACGAUGAACACACGGCAUGUGUGAUGAUGGAGAUGGUUCGAACGGCGAGUCGCUUCAGGUUACCUGGAUCAGCUGAUCCGCCCUUCAAACGCAUGUCAGUGAUUCUGGAUGACUACGUUUACACGGUGACAGUUUCUGGACAGAAAGUUUUCGUGGUCAAACGACAAAACAACCAACAGGAACCAAUCAGCAUCUGACAGUGUGAGGUCACGAGAAUUAAGCGGUUCGAAGAAGAUGAUUAUGUCAGAGGUCAGCGGUCACUGUGACGUGCAGCUGGUUCCUGAUCAGUUUCCAGUCCUUGAACUUUGUUUUAUUUAAGCAAUUUGUGAAUAAAAAGAUUCUUGAUGUUUU